CAACACGCAUUGCAUUCAUAUAUAUCCUACCUCAUAAAACCAAAUCUCCAUCUUCAUUCUUCUUCAUCCUAUAAACAUAAUAUAUUAUAGCUAUGAGUAGUUUCAAUGAUGAUCCAAACCAUGAUGAUCAUGGUUUUAAUCCAUUUGGAAAUUUUGAUCAUGGAACAAGUCAAAGCAACUUCAACAAAAAAAUAUUGUUAACCGCAAUAUGUUCUUUGAUACUAGUAUUGAUUUUGGUCUUGGCUCUUCAUCUCUAUGCAAGGUAUGUUCUCAAACGCCAAGCUCGCCGGAGGGCCGCCAUUCAUCAACUCAGCCUCACCGUCGCUCAUGCUCAUGUUCAAUUCUCCGAUCCAUCAAACACCGGGCUCGAUCCAACGCUCAUCGCCACUCUUCCCACUUUCCUCUUCAAACAAAAGCAAAUACAAGAUGAAGAACAAAACAAAGAUGUUUCUAAUAAUAUUGUUGAAUGUGCGGUGUGUUUGAGUUUGAUAGAAGAUGGAGAAAUGAUGAGGUUGCUUCCUAAUUGUAAGCAUAGUUUCCACGUGGCUUGUAUCGAUAUGUGGUUAGCUUCGCAUUCCACUUGUCCAAUUUGUCGAACCAAGGUUGAACCGCGGCUUGAGCCAGAGACUCGCGAAGGUCCCAUUUGGUUUAAACCAUCAUCGGAAAGUACUUCAGAUGGUGGUGAUUCUAUUAGUGAUUCCUCCAAAAAUAUUUCUCGAUUAAGUUCUUUUCAGAGGAUUCUUACUCGAGAUAGAUCUUCGAGAAGAAUUCAACCUUCUAAUAGUACUCGUGCUGAUAAUAUUAAUGAUCGUGAUUUAGAGAGGCAGUGAUUUUUUUUAUGUAAAAAAAUUUAGAUUAGAAAAUAUAAAUUAUCUGUGGUUUGAAAGAGUUACUUGUUUCAUUGAUGUUUUACCAUUGUUAUUAUUAAUAUUAAUGAGGUAUCACUACUCUAUAUGGGUUUGAAUUUUUUUAAAGUGAUGAUGUAAUAGUUUUGAAAAUUUUUAUACGUGUUAAUUAGUCAAAAGUAUGAGCGGUUUUGGUGUUGAAUUUCAUUAAUCGUGCAUUAUUAUAUUUAUUAAUUAAUAAUUAUUUAUUAUUAUGGACAAAGGAUUUGGUGUUUGGUAACAU